AACAACUCAUUUGCAGAGGAGUAAAUCACGGAAAACCCGUUUGAGAGCGCGACAGGGCUCCCGCUUACAGCGCUAACACCGGAAUUGUGAUGCGCACGAGCCCUUCUUCCUCUUCUUCUCCCUCUUUUUCUCCUUCCUCCUCUUUUUCCUCUGCUUCGCUGGAGAUCGUAUGGAAUCGCUGUGAUUGUUGUUAUUGUUGUUGUGGCGGCUGUGGCUCUCACCGCUCUGGCUGGCUGCCGUUAACGUUACUCACACCGCUCGUCCGCUGCGGCCGCGAGGGGAAACACCACAACAACGGUCACCGACACCGGCGGCAGACCUGCCUCGCUCUCUCUCUCUCUCUCUCUCUCCCUCCCCUCCGUGUCUCGGUGUGUGUCGGUGUUUCUCUGCCUCAGCCCGCACGACAGAAGCAGAACAAAAAAAAAAAAAAUAGAGAGCUUCCUCCAGUCCAACUGUGACUCUGCCGAGCCGAACACAAACUGAAACACCAGUAAACAACAUCACAAAAGAUGAGUUCAUAUUUCGUCAACUCGCUCUUCUCCAAAUAUAAAAGCGGGGACUCGUUACGUCCGAACUACUACGAGUGCGGUUUCGCGCAGGACCUGGCCGGCAGCCGGCCCACCGUGGUGUACGGCCCGGGCUCCGGCGCCACCUUUCAACACGCUCCGCAGAUCCAGGACUUCUACCACCACAGCGCCUCCACGCUGCCCAGCAACCCGUACCAGCAGAGCCCCUGCGCGGUCACAUGCCACGGCGAGCCGGGCAACUUCUACGGAUACGACGCCCUGCAGCGACAGACGCUUUUCGGGGCCCAGGACGCGGAUCUGGUCCAGUACAGCGACUGUAAGCUGGGAGGCGCGCCGGGGCUCAGCGGCGAAGACGCGGAGGGAACCGAGCAGAGCCCCUCACCGACGCAGCUCUUCCCCUGGAUGAGGCCGCAAGUAGCUGCGGGCAGGAGGCGGGGCCGGCAGACCUACAGCCGCUACCAGACCCUGGAGCUGGAGAAGGAGUUCCUGUUCAACCCAUAUCUGACCCGGAAGCGCCGCAUCGAGGUGUCGCACGCGCUCGCCCUGACCGAGCGGCAGGUGAAGAUCUGGUUCCAGAACCGGAGGAUGAAGUGGAAGAAGGAGAACAACAAGGACAAGUUCCCCAGCAGCAAGAGCGAGCAGGAGGCGGUGGAGAGGGAGAGGAGGGAGAAGGAGCUGCGGGAUGGCGGCGCAAGCGGAGGCGGAGCGGGAGCAGGAGGCGGAGAGGGCGGCGGAGGAGCCGGCGGAGGAAGCUCGGUGGCGGCCACGGCGGGGUCACAGGCCCCCGUGAGUGAGGAUUGCUACGACAAAACCCACAAGCAGAUGUAGGGAGGAAAGUGUUGAAAUUAAGGAG